AUGAAGCCUGUGCAAGAGCAACCAUUGGAAACGCGACAGUGCGACCACUUCUCCGUAGAGAGUUGGCAACGGAAGUCCGAGGCUUGGAUGUCGCUAGUGGCCAUGGCAUCUUGGGAUGUCGUCCAAGCUCUGCGAAAGAUGGCAGGUUGGACGCAAACACACAAAGAGUUGGCCCAAGCCGGGAGUUUGCAAUGCAUUCGAUGGCUGUUCUCCGCAGUGCUAAAUGGAAGAGUGUUUCUUGACGCAGCAGGGCCUUUGCUGGAGGCCGCAACAGCGUCUGGAGAUGAAUCAAUGAAGGCUGCAGCUGUGCCUUGGUGGGCGGGGGCUGCGUUGGCAGCUCCGUUCACCGCAUAA